AUGACUCAACCUUCCACUCCACCACCACCAGCAUACGACCCACCUCUACCUCGUCGUCCAUCAUCUCCAUCGGCCUUGCCGUCUCCGCUGACUUCCCCAGUCUCCGCGCCAGCGACUUACCACCACUCACAGCAGAUCAGACCAUUGCUGCAGAGAUCGAAACCGUCCCUACUUGACGAACUCCUUCCUACACCGACUACAUCCUCAUUCGAUCGUAACGACCCAUUACCCCACGUAAUUAGAAGAGCAGGAUCGGUAGCUGUCAUUGCUAUAUUCUUACUUUCAAUCACAUUCAUGGCUUCUACUAGCUCCUCCUCAGCCGGUACACUGAGGAAUGGUUCAGUAAGUGGUUUAAGAGAGGUGUUUGGUUUAGGCAGUCAGGCGGAUGUGGGCCAGUGGAUCGGAGAUUUGCCCUCGACAAAUAACGAGAAUGAGCAGGAUACUACCCUCGGCGAGGGUUAUAGUAGUGAUACGGAUAGUGAGACUGAACCGAAUGAUCAAGUCCGGCCUGAUGUCGAUUUCGAUCAUUACAAAAUGCUUAAAACUUUACCACCCGGGACUAUCGACGUCAAUUCUGCAGGACAGAGGUUAAUAAUUAUCGGGGACAUACACGGAUCAUAUGAUCCCCUAAUACGUUUGAUGGACGAUAUAUCCUAUUCGCCGACUACCGAUCGCCUAAUCCACGUUGGCGAUCUGAUAGCAAAAGGCUCAAAGAACAACGAAGUGCUGGAAUGGAUGAGGGAAAGACGUAUAUUAGGUGUGAGAGGGAAUCAUGAUCAGGCCGUCAUCCAGUGGAGAACUUGGAUGGAAUGGGCUGGCGGCUCAGACGGAGAUUGGCAAGCUUAUGUGGAUAGUCUGAGUUCCGACGAUGAAAAAGCUGUGAAGAAGGAAUUGAAGAAGCAGAGAAAAGAGUUUCCGGACGGUUGGAAAUGGAAAGGAGAGCACUGGGAGAUUGCCAGGAACCUUCCUCAAAACCUCUACUUAUACCUUCUCGAACUUCCUUUGAUUCUGCAUCUCCCAUCACUACACACCAUCGUCGUCCACGCUGGUCUUCUCCCUUCCAACCCUCUCAAGUCAUCCUCGGCAGAUAUUCAGCCCUUGGUGCAAUUUUCCAACCUCACUUCGGAUAUGGACGAAGAAGCGAUAAGAAAUUCAGAAGAGGUAUCAAUCAUAUUUAACGUACCCCAAAAUACUGUUCCAUGGAAUUUACUCAAUAUGCGAGGGGUUUAUAUGAAAGGCAAGAAGAAAGGCAAAGUGACGAAAUCAGGUAAAAAGGGCACACCGUGGAGCGACGUAUGGAAGAAAGAAAUGAAGAGAUGUAAAGGAAAGGGAAAAUGGCUCGUAGAUGGUAUGGGAGAGACGGAGGCGGAAAAGACUCAUGAAGAAGAUGAUAAGAUUGAACUUCAAGAUGAAGAUAGAAAAAGACAAAAACCUGGAUCCCCGACUGUUGGACCAGAAGAGGAGGGUGAUCUGGGCUGUUCUCCUGUGACUGUCAUUUAUGGACACGCUGCCGGUAGAGGAUUAGAUAUCAAACCAUUUAGUAAAGGUAUAGAUACGGGUUGUGUUUACGGCCGUCAACUCACUGUAUUGGUCUUAGGCGAUCUGAAGGGACUCAAAGGCGAGUCAGUUAGAGUAGGCGAUCAUCAAGGUAUCUUAGUCAGUGUGCAAUGUGGUGAGGGAGGUAUUUGA